AUGGCAUGCUUUAUUAGCACUUUUGUCUUUUGCUUAUCUGCAUGUUUAAUGGAGGUGCACGGGACUUAUGGCCCUUACACACGGGACCAGUACCAAAAUCAGCUGUACGCGGACAGGUUUUCUGUUCACCGGCAGAGAUCGCAUUUCACCCCCAGUAUACCUGGACAGGGAAACUCCAUCAACAUUGGAGCUCAUGGCUUUAAUCACAGGUUUUAUGGCUAUCAUCAUCAUCAUCAUCAUCAGUGGCCACCCUUGAAGGGGCCUCUGUCUCCUUUUAACUACCACCAUCCUGUCUUAUCUGUCCGACCCUUCUUACCCAUCCAACCUGUUGUGCCCACACCACCCAGAAUGCCAUUGGUGUCACCUGCCCCAACAGUGCCCAUGCCACUCACCAUGGUAGCCACCCUACCCCCACUACCUCCAACACAGACUACAACACCUCCAACACCUCUAUCACAGACUACAACCACUCCACAGCCGGUCAGUACCCCCCAUGGCACAACUGCCCCAGCCGAAUCUCCCUCUGACCCAGCUCCUGCCAAGCUUUGCAGAAGCCGCCCGCUGGACUUGGUCUUCAUCAUCGACAGUUCUCGUAGCGUACGUCCUGCGGAGUUUGAGAAGGUCAAAAUCUUCCUCUCUGAAAUGGUCGACUCUAUGGAGAUCGCAUCAGAUGCCACACGAGUUGCCCUGGUCAACUACGCCAGCACCGUCAACAUAGAAUUCCUCCUGAAAAAGUACAUCAGCAAAGCUGAGGUCAAGCAGGCCAUCUCUUGUAUUGAUCCGCUUUCAACAGGAACCAUGACUGGCCUGGCCAUCAAAACCGCCAUGGAGCUGGUUUUUACAGAGGACGCUGGGGCCCGGCCACAAAAAAAGAACAUCUCUAAAGUAGCCAUCAUUGUGACCGAUGGAAGACCGCAGGAUAAAGUUGAAGAGGUGGCUGCAGCAGCAAGGGCAUCAGGGAUCGAAAUAUACGCCAUUGGAGUGGACCGUGCAGACAUGCGGUCUCUUAAACUGAUGGCUAGCCAGCCUUUGGAUGAGCAUGUGUUCUAUGUGGAGACUUACGGUGUGAUUGAAAAACUCACAUCCAAGUUCAGAGAGUCACUCUGUGGUUUGGACGUUUGUGAGAUUGGGCACAACUGCGAACAUAUUUGUGUCAACAACAAUGGUUCUUAUUACUGCAAGUGCAGGGAAGGAUAUGUCAUCAACUCCGACAAGAAAACAUGCUCUAAGCAGGCCAAUGAAGAGGCAAGAGGAAAUCUGUCUGAGAAUGCCUGCAUGUGUGAGGCUCAGAUCGCAUUUCAGAAGAAGGUUCACAACAGCAUUCUGGAGCUCAACAGCAGACUAGAUGACAUCACAAACAGAGUGCAGCAGUUUGAUCUUCGUCGGGUCUAA